AUGGUGAUCCUAAACUUUACCCUCAGCGAGGAGGGCGUUGCUGUACUCCACGAUGCACUUGCCUGCAUGUUCAAGUUCAGCGACGAUGUCUGCUUGGAGGCGAGAAAGGACAAGUUGACUCUGACUACGCUCAACAUAUCCAAGUCAGCGUAUGUCUGCUUCUCCUUUGCCGCCAACAGAUUCUUCUCGCGAUACAACUUCGAAGGGGCACCUCAGUACCGGGACCGCUUCUUCUGCCAGUUAUACAUCCGCUCUCUCCUCACAAUCUUCCGAGCUCGUCAAGCGGGCGGCGACCAAGCGCGGGAAAGAGAUGCAUCGAUAGACCGCUGCGAUGUGGCGAUCGACGACGGCCUCGGCAAGAAGAGCCGGCUUGUUGCCAGGGUCUCCUUCAGAAAUGGCAUCACGGCUUCGCACUCCCUUCCCUACGAAGUGAAGCCCCCCACUCACGCUAAGUUCAACAGAGACGAAGCAGGAAAUCGCUGGUCAAUCUCCUCCCGGACUUUACGGCAGCUGAUGGAUCAUUUCGGCCCGGGCAUAGAGCUCCUCGACAUCAACACAGACGAGGAGGCUCGGGUGGUUAACUUCACAUGUUUUACCGAGAAGGUGCAGAAACGCGGCGCUGUCAGCAACGAAGCUGUGCUCAAAAAGCCUCUCCACACUAACAUUGCGGUCGAGAUGGACGAGUUUGAUGACGUCGAAGUCCAAGACAAACUUCACAUCAUCAUCAGCGUCAAAGACUUUCGCGCUAUUCUCCAACAUGCCCAGAUGACCAGCGGAGCCCUAACCACCAGUUAUUCCCACCCUGGUCGUCCCAUGAAGCUAUCCUACGGCGCAGAUGGUGUGCUGUGCGAGUUCAUCCUCAUGACCGUCGGCGAAAAGGACGCCUUGAGCCAGAAGCACAAGAACCCCCGAGCGAAUAGCGUACCGAAGGCUGCUAGACCGGAGCUCGAUUCAGAAUCGCAUCGAGCAAGCUCGGUCGCAGCAAAUGAGAACCAACAGGAACCGCCGGCUUCUACGGCUACUAGUAGGCCCCAACAGCAGAGGACGCCUGUGCGGCCACGCCAGUCUGGAUUCGAAAUCCGGCCACAACCGAUGCCGCCUCCUACAACGGCUCGAUCCGAUUCGCUGUUCGUUGACCGGGCGGAAGACGAUGAGCAGUGGGAGCCGAUAAACCCAGAUGCGGACGAGGAGGAAGAGGAAACGGCAAGGUUGGAGUGGAACACCACGAAUGAGCCGAACCCGUCAUCCAUACGCAUUGGCAGCUAUCUGUCAAGACAAGCCGAAGCUCCAAAUGUUCCUCCUGAUCGCCUUGCUGCGGGACUUGAGCCGACUCAGCGGCUUUCUGAGGUCCGCCGUUUCGGUCUGUUCUCUCCCUGA